GUUGACUCUGAAGAAGAUAUUUUACCAGAAGAAAAAUUCGUCGAAGAACUUUCAAAAAAACUUCCACAAGGCACUGAUAAAACUCCAGAGAUUUUGGACUCCGCUUUGAAAGAUUUACCAGACAGAUGGAAAAACUGGGUAAUACGUGGUAUUUUCACUUGGAUAAUGGUAUGUGGAUUUGCGCUGAUAAUAUACGGUGGCCCACUCGCAUUAAUGAUAACGACCUUGCUUGUACAAGUGAAAUGUUUCCAAGAGAUAAUUUCUAUUGGUUAUCAAGUUUAUCGCAUUCAUGGCCUACCAUGGUUCCGUAGUCUUUCCUGGUACUUUCUGUUAACAUCAAAUUAUUUCUUCUAUGGUGAAAAUCUAGUCGAUUACUUUGGCGUUGUAAUAAAUAGAUUGGAAUACCUAAAAUUUUUAGUUACGUAUCAUCGGUUCUUGUCGUUCGCAUUGUAUUGUAUUGGAUUUGUAUGGUUCGUUUUAUCUUUAGUUAAAAAAUAUUAUAUGAAACAAUUCAGUUUAUUCGCCUGGACGCAUGUUUCGUUGUUAAUAGUAGUAACUCAAAGUUAUCUAAUUAUACAAAAUAUAUUCGAAGGUUUAAUUUGGUUCAUUGUGCCGGUCUCAAUGAUUGUUUGUAAUGAUGUGAUGGCCUAUAUGUUUGGCUUCUUCUUUGGAAAAACACCCUUAAUCAAAUUAAGUCCUAAAAAGACUUGGGAGGGUUUCAUUGGUGGUGGCUUUGCAACAGUACUCUUUGGUAUUAUUUUCUCUUACAUACUGUGUCAUUAUCAGUAUUUCGUUUGCUCAAUACAAUAUUCUGAGCAAUUAGGACGUAUGACGAUGGAAUGUGAGCCAAGCUAUUUGUUUACUCUGCAAGAAUAUAGCUUAAAAAUAUUCGGCAUCGGUAAAUCGAUUAGCAUGUAUCCGUUUAUAUGGCACUCAAUUUCAUUAAGCUUGUUUAGUUCAAUUAUUGGACCAUUUGGAGGUUUCUUCGCUUCAGGAUUUAAACGUGCAUUCAAAAUUAAGGAUUUCGGAGAUAUGAUUCCUGGUCACGGUGGCAUAAUGGAUCGUUUUGAUUGCCAAUUUUUAAUGGCAACAUUUGUAAAUGUUUACAUAUCUAGUUUUAUAAGAACUCCAUCACCGGCAAAGUUAUUAACUCAGAUCUUUAAUUUAAAACAAGAACAACAAAUACAAAUUUAUAAAUCACUUCAAGAAAACCUCGGCGACAUUCUUAACUAAAAUAUUAAAAUUGUGUUAUUUUAUA